UUUAUUUUAUAUUCAAAGUGAUCUUUGAAUUUGAUAUCCAUGGAGGAUUGGGAUUUGCAGGCAAUAGUGAAAGGGUGCAGUGGUAGGCCAACCUCUAUGCUUCAAGAUCCUUUCUUUUCUUUUUUGAGCGAAGAAGACGACUUUUCUUGUGAUUUUUCUUCUUCUUCUUCUUGUUCUUCGCAUGAAUUUGAAGGAUUUGGGAGCUCCAUUUUUCCAGUUUUUCAUCCCUUGAUUCCUUAUCCAAACAAUUCCGCCGCCAUUUCUGAUCUUCUCGGAGAGUUUAAGGAGCCACAAAAGCUUCUUCAGAAGAAGCAAAUUUCAGCUACCAAGCAAAAACAAAGCAAGAAAAGUCGACAAAAUAGGGUGGUGAAAGAGGUGAAAGCAGACAGCGUAUGCUCAGAUUCAUGGGGAUGGAGAAAAUAUGGACAGAAACCAAUAAAAGGGUCGCCAUAUCCAAGAAGCUAUUACAGAUGCAGCUCCUCAAAAGGAUGCUCAGCCAGAAAGCAAGUCGAACGGAGCUUCUCCGAUCCCGACGUCUUCAUUGUUACCUACACUGCCGAGCACAACCAUGCCGAGCCAACUCGUCGCAAUGCCCUCGCCGGGACUACUCGAAAGAAAUUCCCGGCACAGGAGAAUCCGAGCUUCGACGUGGUUCUCUCUCCUAAUAAUUCUACUUGUGUGGCAUCCAUUGAAGAAGAACAGCCAAUGGAGGGUGUGGGUGAGGGGGGAGUUUUGAUGCAUAUACCGUUUGAAUUCUCUAGCGAAGAUUUGUUUACUGGCUUGGAGGAUUUGCUUUUUGGAUGACAAGUUUUGUGUUUUUGGGAAGAGAUUGUUGUGGAUUGAGAAUGUGAAACUUAUGAUUCUCCUAUUAUUUGGGAAGAACACAUGAUGGUGAUGAGGGUUGAGUAGCAAAUUCAAAGAAAUUGAUAUUAGUGGUAGAUGCUUUGGGAUGGUUGAUCAAGAGAGCUUCAAGUAUGUGAUAUCUAUUAACAAUUUGAUAUCAUGUAAAUUAUGUGUAAUUGAUAUUGAGGAAAGAACUCUUGUAAUUGUUAAAUGUUGGGAUUAAAGUCAAGAAAAUGAGUAGUAAAGGCAAUAUCUUUAUGCUAA